GAGGGAGCUGGUAGAGGGAGAAGGGCAGAGAAGAGGGGCAGGUUAGGAUAGGGUAGGGGUUUUGGUAGCCAGAGGGGCAAGAGAGGGAGGAGGAUAGGUGUACCGAAGAGAAAGAAAGAUAGCGUAGCGAGCCGUGUCUUGCGUGCCACGAGAGAGAAUACAGAGAGGGCCUGUAAAGUCGAGAGUUAGGAGUCGUGGCUCGUGGUUAGAUAGGAUGCGUGUGCCUGGGUGCGGUGUUCCACCACCACCCGACAGCCGCGAACGCGAACGCGAACGGUUCAGCAACGAGGAGACGAGCAGCAGCAGCAACGCGACGAACCGCGGUUACCACUACGACGUGGUUACGAGCAGAAACGCGUACGGCUGCGUGGUGAUCGCGCGCGAUCAGCGGACCAAGACGCGAUCUGCUGGGUGCCGGACAGCCUCCUCGAACCGCAUCGGCUCCGGGGACUGUCUGACGGCGGAGACAGCUCGGCACAGAUCAGCGGAACAACCGGCAGAGAUAUCGUGGAACGGACAUCUCGCGCCGUUCUCCACCAAUUAUCGUUCGUACCCCACGAGAAAAUCGUCUUUCGCGCCUCGGUACUCGUAUACCGGCCACUGGUGCACCUGGAACAACGCGUAGUCGAACCAGCAGGCUGGUCCAACCAAAACGCAUCCCCUGCGCGAAACGUUUCCUGCUGAUACUCGGCGUACGGCGGCGUCAGGACGACGCUACUAGCGGGCACAGGCUUGCUGGAGGACCGUCAGCGCGGUGCAAGCCGGCUUCAGCCUGUACCUCAGCCGACGUCCCAGCUACUCAUGUUCAUCCCGGACACACUGAGGAGCUGCAUGGUGGAACCGGAUGUCUCGACUUACCUGCAGGCCCCUUCCGUAGGACAGGAUGAGUUCCAUCCAUUCAUUGAGGCCCUCCUACCGUUCGUGAAGUCUUUCUCGUACACGUGGUUCAACCUACAAGCCGCCAAGAGGCGUUAUUACAAGAAGCACGAGAAGCGGAUGAGUCUCGAAGAGGAACGCCAGUGCAAGGAGGAGCUCCAGAACGAGAAGCUGGAGGUAAAACAGAAAUGGGCCUCGCGGCUUUUAGGAAAAUUACGAAAAGAUAUCACGCAAGAGUACCGAGAGGACUUCGUGUUAAGUAUCACGGGGAAGAGGCCAGCCAUGUGUGUCCUGAGUAAUCCUGAUCAGAAGGGUAAAAUGCGUCGGAUCGAUUGCCUGCGUCAAGCCGAUAAGGUAUGGAGGUUGGAUCUGGUAAUGGUGAUCCUGUUCAAGGCAAUUCCGUUGGAGUCGACGGACGGGGAACGGCUAGAGAAGACUGCGGAAUGUGCUCAGCCGGGUCUCUGCGUCAACCCCUAUCACAUCAACGUCUCCGUCCGGGAACUCGAUCUCUACCUCGCCAAUUUUAUCACCAGCCAUGAGGUCCUAAAUGGCAUCUGUAACGCGAGCAAAGAAGAAGAGAGGCGGCGAAAAGGUACAGGCUACCACGAACUAUAUAACGGUGUUGUCUGCAAUGACACGAUCCUAGCGACAGGUGUCUUCAGCUCCAAGGAGCUCUGGAUGCUUUCAAAAGCGUCCAUACUGCAUGACCUCAGCGACAUGCAGCCUCAAAUAAACGCGAUCAAAAUAGAGCACCCGCCGUACUACUGCAGCAGCUACACCCCUCCGUCCGCAGCCACGGCCGCGGAUCAUGCUCAGCCAGCGGCUAGCUUCAGCCCACCACCGGUGCACCAGCUCAUACGGAACGACAAGACUGAAAAAGCCCCGACGGUUUCCGUUUCGAGUGCGCCGACCUUCUCGCCGGUCCUCAGGCCCGAGGAUGGUCAUCGUGGAAUGGACUCUCCGCAUUCGCAGACGGGAUUGCACUCUCCUCACGAAGGACUGGCCGGUGGUUCCGGUCAGAGCAUGUCCGGGCUAGCCUACUACCAGCCAGAGCAUCCUGCCUCCAGCGGGGUGGUCAAGUACCCCGAGAACGGUCACGACACCCUCUCCGAUUUCGUGACGUUCGUUUGUCAGGAGGCGGAGAAUACUCAGCAGUUGCCCCAGGCGCAGCUAGCCGGACCCCGCACUGGUAUACAAAAGUUCUCACAGUAUUAUCCGAGCUCGAUGCUGCCACCACCGCCGCCAGCCCCGAUGGCGAGGCCGGUCGCCAUCAUAAGGUCGACCGGCGAGUUAACAGUCGCCAGCUCGAACUCACCCCCAACCUCGUCAACCUCGCCAACCGACCCCUCCGAACUGGCCUCCAGUCAAGAGCAGAUGGCCGCAGCGGCCGCUGUCGGCCUCGUCAGUUCCGGUUGCCAGAGUUCCGUCGAUCCUGCCGGAAGGAAGAGCCCAGCCAGGAUCCUCGUAACGGCACCCCACACCAGCAGGGAAUACACCUUUGCUCACUUUCACUCCCAACCCGGGCAACAAAUAUUCACGUAUCCUACCAUCAGCUCCAUGUCGGGGGUGAUCUCCCCGACGAACCUCUCCCUUUUCUCGUCGCCGGUGUCGGUGACGAGGCCAGUCGCUACCCAGAGAUCGGUGUCCAACGUGCCACCUCGCUGGAACACUGCGCCGUUCAUCAACCUCGAGGAUGACUACAACAUGAUCGCCCCGAUCAUCACAGGAACCGCCAGCGAGCCGCCUUCCACCAUGGACGAAGAACGAUACUUCCAUCCAGUGCACACGAGCAGCGUGGUGGACAAGAGCGGUGCUGGUAACAUGAUGAGCACAGACCUAGGUGACCCCACGUCGCAUCACCAUCAGCAACAGCAGCAAUCGCAGCAGCAACAACAACAGCAAACGCAGCAGCAACAACAAACGCAGCAACAGCAACAACAGCAGCAGCAGCAGCAGCAACAAGUGAUGCAGGACAAGAGCGGCAGACCGAAGUCUCCCCCGUGACACUGGAGGCUUAGAGCGGAAAGUCUCGAGAAGCUCGCAUGUUCCACGGGGUCGUUACUCACCACCGCGUACGAUAAUAACCCUGAGCCGGAGGGGAAUCGCCAGGAUUCCUCGUGUCGUGUUCAGCUUCGCGACCUAAGCCUGCGGAGAAUCGAGUGCCUGAGAGUCUGAUCGUAGUUUAAGCGGACACAGUCGAGGGAUCGAGGCGCUUCCGGCAUAGCGGCCCACCCGCCACUCUCGAGACUAAACUGAGACCAGGGUCGAUCGAUCGUUGGUCGAGCCUUGCCACCCGCCAGGCUAACUCUUUAACCCUCUGAGGGACACCGCUUCGAAAAGUUCCUACCUUUCGUGCUUCUAUUCCGUAUAGAUUUUUCCUUUCGUUAGAAAACCCUCCCUCCGUUCUGUGUGUUUCAAAUGGUAUGACUUAGCUAACUGUUACUCUAACUUGGGAUCAAAGGACUUAGCUUUUAGAUUUAUCAAAAUUUAUUAACAACAGUGUCAAUUCUGUUUCUGACAGAGAAUUUGUCUUAAGAAUGAAGGACGCACUUUCACCUCAGGGGGUUAACGUAUUCGGUCAAUUAUUACUUCCGCUCGUCGGUGCGACGGCCUUCGCGCCACCGGAAGCGUCGUUUUCCUCUCUCGAAACACUGUUAAUUUGUAACUUUCUCUCCCUCUCUCUCUCUCUCUCUCUCUCUCUCUCUCUCUCUCUCUCUUGAAUGUCCUCGAAGGACGUGAGUAAGGACCCCCAUUUCGCCACCUAAUCGAAAGCGUCUCCGAUCGGUCGCCGAUCGGUCCCGUCGACUACACCGCAGACGAUUCAAACACCAAACACAAACAAAAUGAAAGAGAGAACUAAGUAGAGUAAUCGUUUCUCGCGCGAUUUUAUAAACGAAUCUAUUCCUAUUCUUCCUGCUUCGAGGCCCUUCCGAAAGCGUUUUUGUACAUACACGCGAGACUCUUCGACGGCUAAGCUCAGUCUCGCCGUCGCGGUAUUUUGUAACAUUUUAGAGGAUUCUAGAGUGUAGUAGUGUCGAAAGGGAACCAAGGAACUUCCGGUUCCCUGUCAAAUUCUCUUCCAGAUGAAGGUUCAGAGCAGGCCUGCAAAGCAAGAACUUUAGUGUGCUUUACCUCGAUAUCAAUGUAAACUUAAUCUACCCUUAAUCACUAUUCUCUAGUGACUAUAAUUUGGUAGCUUCCCGUCACUAUAGUUUACUAACGUUACUCUAUAUUUUAUAACUUAGCGUUCCAAUGUAAACUAAGCUUUGAAGCCAAAUCUCCAUGAAAAAGCUACUAUGAUAUUGAUUCAGACAACUUGCUCAGCAGGCCUGGUUUAGAAUAAACCAUCGAGGAGAAAAAUGAAUGAUAAAAGAAAAAAUGAAAAAAGAUUUUCUAGUGCCAAUUUUUCGAGUAGCUUAUAAAUAUUAUAACGAAAUUAUAAUUUUCUAUUAUAUUUUUUUAUAAUAUUUAUGAAGGAACACACACGCUUGUUUAGACGCGUCGGCGGAAGUGGUUUUUUGUAGUCGAGGCAGAGGCUUCUUCUUCUUGGAGCGUUUUUAAGAAAGCCCAGAGAAAGAGAACAAGAAGAGAAUAAAAAAAUGAAAUGAGUAUAAUGAUAAUAAUUAUUGUUAUUAUAGAAGAAGGUCGAGGGGAUCCGAUCGACGAGUCCGGUGGAACGGAAGGUAAAACCGGUCCACGAACCACGGAUAAUAAAUAUUAAUUAUUGAAUAACUUUCUAAUUGUAUUGUUAAAAUAAAUAAUAAUCGCCUAAAUGCUCAGGCUAGUGCUGACACUAGUGAACACAACGAGGAGAAAUGAAAACAGAGAGAAAGACUAGCUGCGGACUAGUCACCAGAGGCUGCUAGUUAGAAACAAAGUGAAUAUUUAAUAUUGAAUUUAUUAUCGAGAAUAGAGUACAGAAAAUAUGAGAAAGAUACACGUUCAACUGCUGCGAGUACGACGAAGACGAUAGAGGAGGAAGAGGAAGAGCGAAGAUGGAAGGCGAUGAAUGCAAAUGGAAAGUAGACGAAUGGGAAAACGAAGAUGGACGAUAUUCGAGAUAGUGAGAGAUCUAUAGUUAUUAACUAUUUAGAAAUUUAGUGGUAAACGUCGCGUGACGAGAUAUAUUAUUAAUUGUAACAUCGAACUCGACAACAACGAAGGUCCUAGCCUACAGGGUGCUUCAUAAUAUGUGCGACUCGCUUUAAUCUCAAAGAGAGGAUAUAAAACGUGUAACGAAAGUUCUUUUAUUUUACUAUGCGAUAGAGUUUAACUCGUUUAUUUAAUAAAACGUUAGUUCGUCAUCGGUUAAAGGUGUAAAACGUAAGUUGGUCGCAUACGCGAUGAAACGCCCUGUACAUAUUAUUAUUAUUGUCCAAAGUGCUUUCCGUCGACUGUACGUUAAAGAGACUUUCAUUUUUCUUUUCUGUUGGAAUUGACCCCUUUCCCUGCUAGUGGAGGAGGAUGGAAACAAAGGGUCUGUAAAUUAUACGUUAUUGUUAAUGAAAAUAACGAUUCGAAUGUUUCGUUUGAACGGUGGUUAACGUUGGAAUUAGUAGUAGUUUGAAUAAUCGUGAUCCUGGCAGCGUGAGGUACACGAACCUCGAGGAACGACACGGUUCUUCGUUGGAGUUUUGUAAAGUGACAUUUAAGUACUUAUUUCUCUGUUCGAGUGAUGGUUGAAAGGGUGCGCUGCGUCUUGCCCAUUAGCGACUACUCCGAUCCCAAUGUGCAAGUUCAUCGAUACAAAGUGAUUGGCUAAUUCUAAGUUGACGCGAUGAUUAAUUCAAGAAAAUAAGAUGACUAUCGUUCAACAGCCACUGGUUGGUUUUUUCAUUGCACUCCUCAUCCUGAUCAUUGAUUACAAUCGCUUGCUUCUCUGCUUAUUUCUAACAUGGUACAUGGUCGUAACGAGGGUGGGCUUGCACCCCUUUACUCUUAACAUACUAAUUGAAAAUGGCUUCCAGUUGGAAAGGCUUAACUGUAUGUAUUUAUAUAAAGGAAGAUUAGUAUUCAUUGUUUUAAUAAAAUUAAAUCCAAUGGGGAAGAACGAAGGCACCCUGUCAAUCGGUUCGUAGUGAUAGUACAAAGAGAUCGAGACUAGCAAUAUCGGUAACUAGCAAUAACUUAAGAUAAUACUUUGAUAUAAGAUAUAAAAACGCGGCGAUAAGACGCUACUAUAUUCCUAUAAUAAUGCUUGUAACGCUACUAACGCUACACAAGGCGUGUACCGCCGCACCUAUCAUUUACUACUACUACUACUGUACCACAACUACCAUCACCACCAUCACCAUCAGCACCGCCAUUGAUAAGAAAGGAAAAAAAAAAGAAACUACCACUCAUCCACCACCACCACCACCAAUAAUACUACUACUAUUACUACUACUACUACUACUACUACUAACUACUAGCAGCGCUAUUCUAAACUAAUACUACUACUAUUACCGCUACUAUAACUAUUAAUUGUACACGAGGAAGAACGAGCUAACCGCAUAACUAUGUUACUAAUUAUACCGCCUAUUCACUAAAAUUAAGUCGAUAAAACCGUGAAGGGCCGCUCUGACUACUAUUAAAUAAUUAAUUGACUAAACUACUAAUUAAUCGCUUUACGAUUAUACGGUUACUACGGGAGAGAACGAUUAUUAGUGUAAAUAUUCGAGGUGAUAAGUUACGUUAACGCGUGUACACGAUGAACCACCGUGUUCGGUGAAUUUUUCACGGAUCGUUCGCGUUUCAAAGGGCGAAGGGUUGUUUAUUAAUCCAUUGCCGUGUGAUCUAAAUAAUCGAGCCGUUCUUUUUAUAUCGGUACAUCGUUGAUGGAAUGGAAAAGAAAAUUGAAACGAUAAUUCUAAUUAGCUUCGAUGUUGCAUUUUAAGGUCACCAGGGAAAGGGUUAUUCGACAACUCGAUGGACAUUUUUAUUAGGGGAAUAAAGCGAAGGUGGCUUGUUAAGUAGCUUGUUAAGUAGCGUUUUAUAAAAUUAGAGUUAAACUGGAUAGGUUUGCUUGAAAGAUAAAAAGACAAGAAUAGUGUCGUCGAGGUACCUUCGCUCUACGCGAACGAUUUCAGAGAAAGGGAUGGUUCACCCUGAACCAGCAGAUAGUUAUUAUUACGCACAGGGGUUGAAAGAUAGACGUAUGGAUCUUUGUAACCCUGGAUCCCAUCGAUCGAGGAUUCUGCACACCCCUUUUCACCCCCUUGAUCAACCACCCCAAUUUCCGAAAAUUACUUAAACGUGGUAAUGAAUUUUAUUUGUCGUGUAAAUAAAUGAUUCUGUUCGAUGGUGGUAGAGUCAAAGGGUUGAAAGGACGAUCGCGAUAGACGUGUAAGGGAUUUUAAUACUUUCCUUGAUGCCAAUAGGGAUUGCGAAAGAAGGGCACACGGUGUUCUUAUUUUGUUAAACGAAGACGCGCUCGUCGUCGACGAUCAAAGAAAUUUCGAUGAUGAAAAAUUAUAGUUAAACAAGACUCUAACGAAACAAGGGUGGUUCCGGGAUAACGCGAACACGUUAUUGCUCUUUUUAUCAUGUUUUUAGAAAAUUGUGAAUAAACCAAUUGUGUAGAGUGCCAAUUAACUGUAGAAGAAUUGUAAAAUAAUGUUAGAAUACGGGGUGAGCUUCUUAGAGAUGAAAGGGGUAAGAUCCUUCGUUUAUAUUUGUUCGCUUCGUUUCGCGAUCAACCGUUCGAAUCCACCCUUCCAGGUUUCUGCUCAAAAAAUAUAAUGUCAAGCUCGCGUCGCGUUCAUUUUCGCGAUGAAAUAAAAAUACACUUUUGUACAGCGUCUCGAGCUGCCUUGAACCGAAAGUGCAUUAAAAGAAUCGUCCGCACCAUGGCAGGCCCACGACCAUCGUUGCUGCUCUCAUCAUUCUUCUUCAACCACCUAUUCUCAUCAUUAUUUUUCAAGGAUAAUUAGCUCCAACAGUGGUAUCAUUGACACGGUAAUAAUUGCAAUUUUAAUCAUAAUAAACCAUUCUAUCGAAAUCUGAAUUUUGUCAGAGAAAAUGGGGUCAGCAGCGACCGGAAGUGUGGCCGACACGGCGAACGAGAAAUUUUUCUACGUAAGAUAAUUAUUUAUUUCACUAGUAGACCGUAGUUCGGGGUGAUUUUAUAGGGAAAAAAAAGCUUGAGGGUAGAGCUCAAAAUGGGUCGCGCGUCUCGAUCAGGCUCGAGGGUGAAUAUAUACCCAUAUCCCGGUGGCCACCCGCAGUAAAUCAUUGAAAGUAAUGAUUUCAUCGUUGUAACAAAACUCGAGAUGCAACUGUGGGGGGUGUAAUCGAGACGUCGAUAUAACACGCGAUCAAUUGAAUAAAAAUGCAAUUAAAUUAAAAAGAAAAAAGAAAUAAAAAAAUUAUUGUACCGCUAGGAUUUAAGUAUAUUUUCGAGGACUGAAGAACUAUUCGUUUCAUUUCACACGGACAGAAUGAAAACGAUCGUACUUUUCAUUUUUCGUUGAUUGAAAUAGAGAAAAAAACACAGGAAUUUGUAGAGCAUAAACCAGGUACAAGUUCAGCUACGAGAGUAAACGAUAAUAAUUGAUAAAAGUUUAAUUAUAUACCGAAUAAUUGUAAAACGCGCGACGACCGCGAUCGAUAACAUAGUGCGAUUAUUAUUACUAUUAACUACUGCAAUAAAAAUAUAUAUAUAUAUAUUAUUAUAUAAUGAAAUACAAUGAUAUAUAUUUAUCGAAUAUUUAUUGAGCAAACGAGAAAUAGCACACUGUGUAGUAUUUGGUUGUACAAAAAGUAGGCGAGGCGAAAAAGGGAUGAAUGAAUUUAUUUCGAUUUGAAAAAUGGAAGAUGAGAUCGAUCAAGGGAUGCGACGAGUGGUAGAGGGUUGCAAUUUUGAGAAAUUCAUAUUUUCAGCUCAAAUAUAUUUUUUUUUCGAUAAACGCACAAUCUUUCUUUUAAUAAUAUUGCCAAGAUUAGAGCCAACCCCAAACAGUGGACUUUGUUUUAUAAAAUUCAAUUAUUAAUAAACCCAUGUUCGAAUCAAUUGAAAUCCUAUUAUAUUCCUCCGCGAAUUUUACAAAGGUUCAUCUCAAAAUAGCAACCCUUGUACAAAAUAUUCGACGCACGUUUGUGGAUAAAGAAAAAAAGCGAGCUGAGAGCACGAAAGACACGACAAGUAAAAAAAAGAUAAGAAAAGUAUUUUCGUCUCACGAUCCUUUUUUUACGAUUGUGAACGAGGUUCAUGUUAUAUAUCAGGGAUUAGACUAAAUAGUAUAAUACGCUGCAAAGAAGGUGGCAAGAAAUGAAAGAAAUUGAAGAGAAAUAAAAAUGAAGAAAAGAUGAUGAGGAUUGGAAGAUUAUAAAUGUCGAGGGUGGUUGGCCUUGGUGAGAUAACCGGGACGAGGGGGAGGGCUGUGACAAAGGUGGUGAUAGUGGUAACCGGAAGGGGUGAGAGCCGUAGUAAUUAGGUCUCUGUGGAAAGAGUGGUUCGGAGAAGUCGAUUAAUGUAUUUCAUUUCAUUAAUUCGAUCGAUUAACCCUCCGUUAUUAUUCGACAAGUUGAUUGAACGAUUGCAUAAAUUUAAUUUAUUUAAGAGAGCCGAUAGUUUAUAGAGAAAACAACUUCGCUAUUAUACUGAACGUUUUAAAAAUACACUACUCGAUUCGUAUCGU